UUUUGGUUGUUAUUUUUUUUCCAGAACUGAAAAUGUCUAAAAACGGCGGUGUGUCACUGUCACUCCGGCUGUUGCUGCUGUCGUCGGCCUUGGCGACGGUGGCCGUAGCCCAGUCGAACUAUGAUCAGGUCGAAAACAGCAUCGAAUUCCCGAGUCCAGACAGGGGCCUGCCCGAGUCCACUGUGCUGGACGGCAAGGUUACCAAGUUGGACGAAUUAUCACCCGUGAUAUUUCUGAACAGGACCAAAGCGGCUCUAAAUUGUGCCGCAGGAUUUAUGCAGAUCGAGCUUAAGUUCGAAGAACCGUUUUAUGGUAGGGCGUAUGCUGACUUCGACAGGAGUAGCGCGUGCAUGGUGACUGGCAAAGGUAACAACACGGCCAGGAUCGACUUGCCACUAAAAGGAUGUGGUACAAGACAAGAUCCACAAAGAGUUUUUACCAACAACAUCGUAGUCAGGUUCCACCCUUUCCUAGAAAUGGACGGUGACGAAGUGGUUACUAUAGUGUGCAGAUAUCCACCACCCAUUGCUCCACCACCAGCUGGUAUUCCUAACAAAAUCAUCGAUUUACCAUCGACGCCACUGGAACCGCCACUAAAAGGCUUCCAGAUCCUGUUGAUCGUCUGUGGCAUAUUGUUUCUGUCACUGGUCUUGCUGGGUCUUGGCUGUUCGUACUACUGCCUACGCAACCAACAAGUGCAGGUGGUCCGCCGGCACCCGCUAUCGUCCGUCGGCUCUGACAAACUAUCCGACUCCAGCCUGUCCAUGUUCGAUGGGCUGAAGAUACCACGGGCUCGAGCUCCGACCCUGGACAGCUCUUCCGGUUCGGAAAUGGCUCUGGUCAGUGCUGGGGACACUCUGCCCAGCGACUACCCGUCCGAAUCACCCAGUUCCGGACACUCAGAAGCGGAGGACGUAGAUGGUCGCAGUUUGAGACGAUCGCCGAGUUCCGGUGGUUCGUACGAAAAUCGGGCGUUCCAGCAAGAGUACUACGGAGAACGGUACCAACACUUGCCAGCGCCAACCAUCACACCACCACCACCGCCAGUCCAACCGAAGUUUGACGUUCAGCUCCGAGUGAAACGGGCUCCACCACCCACACCUAGCCCUACUCCACCACCGUCCGAGUCCGAGGCGAGCGUGGCUGCGUUGGAACGUAACCUCACCACCAUUCUGGAAAAGGAUGAAACGAUGUCGACAACCACGACGACAGCUGCAGCCGAGGAACGGUAUCGGCCCGUAUACUCGACAGUGGUGCGAAAGGAUAGAGAUGAGACCGAAUGGUAUAGGACAGAGGAGAACGUGAUGACUACUGAUGCUGACAUAAGAAGAUCACCGCCGCCACCACCGCCACCGGUGCAAAUGCAUACAGUGGACAACAACCAUCGGUAUGCCACCACGUCCAAGUACACGACUGAGAUGCAAGUGGACGUCGUUGAACCACCAGUGGUGCCAACCAAACGGCCAGAAAUCACGUCACACACGGUGGAUGAUGUGUUCCUGAAGACAAUCACUGAGAAGAAAACGAUCGAGGAUAUUGAACGGCAUCGCCGCGAAGUGGUAGAGUACAAGCCACGACCAGUGCCACCGCCGGCUAGUUGGGACGUAACCAUCAAGAACUACCCGAAUCCAGACGCGUUGUACCCACAGUCGGGCGAAGACACAGCCACGGACUGGGAUAGUUACUCCGAGGCAUCAUCGGUAACCGGUUAUCCACCAGCCGGCGUCGAUCGCCAGUCUAGGAUUCAGUCAUACAAUAGCAACGUGAUGUCAUCAGCAGCCACUUCCGAGGAAAAUCACAUCAGGUAUCUAAGCACCAUGGACGUACCGGUGCCAAGGCCGGACAACUGGGAAUCGUUGGUUCGAGUCCUGGAACCGGAACCGGAGAUGGAACCCAAUGCUAGGUACAGAGUCGAACAAACACUAACGCUGGAUGACAAACGUAAGUGGCGCCAAAUCAUCACCACCGAGUCAACGCUCCGGCAGCUCAUUACCGAAGCCACCGUUCGGGAGGACUUCGAGCGCAUCCGCAGUGACCCCAAGUACGAGAGGAUAUUCGAACCGGAAAAAUGGGACGUUAUCAUACGCGUGAUCGCACCGCCACAGCACUACGACCAGAAAGCCGCUGGUUCAUCCAACAGGUACACCAAGAAAAAGACCGAGUUUGAAGGAGCUAGGACCAGAAGAAACUCGUUGCCCACCGUUUACGAAUACGAUUCUGACGGCGGGUCCAGCGUGAGGACGUUGACAGCUGUUGACGACCAUGGUCCGAUGGGACCAGCCCGGUCUAGGAGAACGUCCAGGUCGAGCUUCAAAUCCGACAUGGAUGUCAGGUCGAUGAGCGAGAUGAUGGUGGACUUCCGCCGACCGGAAAUGCCGGACAACUAUAGCGACGUGAGCUCGGCGUACAACUACAACUACCAGCAGAACCAGCACCAGUACCAGUACCGCCGGGGCGGUUCGUCUUAUUACGCGGACGACGACGGCGGCAGUCUUGUCCGGUCGCUCAGCCAACCAUCGCUGGCCCGGUCCGCUUCCGAGUUCACCGAAAACAACUGGGGACUCCGGAUACGGUCGUACGAGGACGGAGACGACCUGAGCAGCCCGGACCACACUCCCAGGUCUUCGUUCCGGUCAACUGGUGGCCCAAGGCAGCAGCAACAGCAACAGCAGUCGUAUUCCACCGAGACGGAGUUCGAUGGAGCCCGCGCCACCGCCACUAGCACGCACGCCACUACUGGCCGGAGGAGGAUGUUCGGCGGCCGCACGGUGUCCGCUGCAGAGUGGUUCCACGACUCGGACGAGAACGACGCCACUUACAGAUGAACGAAAUCCACCCCCACACCCGCCAGCUGCAGACGAUAUAAUAUAUAUGUAUAAUUUCAUAUAGGUAGCGACACUUUACCCUCUGCCGUACUCUCGCGUAUAUACAUUAUACAUACUAUAUAUAAAUACUGAAUAAUGUGUACCUCGUACACAUUCGACGGCCCCCUCCCCCCCUCGACAUUACACUGUUCCCGGAAAUUGUUUUUCAUUUAUUUUUCGAUUUUCGUUUUGUACGAUUAUUAAUUUUACGAUUAUUAUUAUUAUUAUUAUUACCAUACAUAUUAUUAUUAUUGUUAUUAUUUCGACGGGGCACAUUGUUUAGCGUGUGUCCCAGCUGGUCAGGUGCAAUAAUACGCGUAAUAUACGUCAUAUAAUGAAUUAUUUCGAGCGAACCCUCCCUAAUCUGUUUCCGCCGCUCUAAAGGCCCGUACGCAGCUCAUUAUAUACAUAUAUAUAUAUAUAUAUGCACAAUCAUAUAUUAUUAUAUCGCCUACACUACGACUCGAGCGACAUAUUAUUAUUAUGAUUGUCAUUAUAUUGAUUAAUUGUUUUAUUAAUUUUUACUAACUAUAUUAUAUUAUAUAAAUUCAUCAUAAUAUAUACUUAUACGUUGUUGUAUGCAUUAAACGAAAUGCAUUAAACGUGUGAAACAGACUAAAUAUCGACGGCAGUUUAUCGAUAUUAUAAUAUAAUUUUAUAAUUUUUUUUUUUAACAAAGUUAGGUUUACAAUCAGGAUACCACGCUAUCCACAACGUGCCAAACUAACUAAUAUUAUAUAGUAUAUAUAUAUACAUUUAAGCCACUGGACUCGUACUCGUUAGGUAUACCGUUAUUCUACACAUGCGCAGCAGUCUUAAACAGAGUUUUCAUCGUGAACCAGGCUAUCGCGAUACCGGGAAAAAUCGUUUUUUAAAUAAUUAUUUUGUUAAUUUUUCAUAUUUUCUUAGACAUUGUCUGGUUCACGAUACACCCCGUGUAUAGAGGUUUUAAUAUUAUAAUUGUAUAAUAUACGCGUGUGUUUAUACGUUCUGACGUCGACACUUUUUUGUUUUUUUAUCUUUAGGUGCUUUACACUGGUCGAUUUCGCUGCGAUACAUCGUUUCGUGUUCCUAGCCAUAUUAUAUAAUAGACGAAUAUCGUGUUAAACCGAUUUUAUUUUCAAACGAAACUGUGAUAGUGUGGGCGCAAUCGUUUAAUCGAAAUCGAAAUUCGAAAGCCUCAUGUCCGUGUACAUUCUUCAUAACAUCUACAUAUCAAUAUAUUAUAAUUUUAAUAUCUAUUAACCAUUAUCUAUAUAAUAACAUUGUACUUUGUGCUGCUGUUUUAUGAUCUAAGACAAUUCUAUACUUUUCACUUGGUAACUAUAUAUGUGUCGGUUGUUGACUUGUUGUUCAAUGUAACGAGUACUAUCAAAUACUGAGUAUCUUAAAAGUCAUAU